AUGGCUCAUGGGUAUAUUCCAUCUCAAAAAGGAAAUGAUGUGGAAGUUGAAGGGCGAGAGGUUUUCACCGAGUUAAUAAGGAGAUCUCUUUUACAAUAUCAUCAUACUUCUCAUGCUGAAACAAUUGGAAGAGUGUGUAAGAUGCAUGAUCUCAUCAAUGAUCUGGCAUACUUUGUAAUGGAGAAUGAAUGCUUCCCAUCGUUGAGAAGCAGUGCAGCCACCGAAAUCUCAUUAAGGCCACGUCAUUUGCAAUUAGAUGCCAAUGAAAAUUAUAACCAAGGUGAUUGCUCCAUCAUCCGCACUGUGCUAUAUUGUGGAAGAGACUUAAGUUUGUUGUCAAAGCUGAAGUUGGUGAGGGUGCUCGACUUGAGUGGUACACGCAUUAACAAGUUUCCUGCAGCAAUUGAGCAUUUGCACCAUCUAAGAUACCUUGAUAUUUCUGGUACUCUAAUUAGGAAACUACCGGAAUCCAUUUGUAUGCUGUUAAAGGUAUUCCCUGCUGGUUUGAGUCGACUACAAAACUUGAAAACACUAACUAGAUUUACUGUGGGAGAUGAUGCAAAUAACAACAUAAGACAAUUAAAGUUUUUGAAUUUGGGUGGUAAAGUUCAGUUGUAUAACCUCCAGAAGGUGAAGAAUGCUGUAUGUGAUGAAUAUUGUUCAAUGGAAAUUGCGGAGGAGGUGUUGGAAGCCUUGAAACCUCAUGCUAAUGUGAAAGAACUUGAAGUUUUUUUCAUUAUCCAGGCAAACAAUUUCCAAUGUGGAUGCAAGGAAGGCAACAAUUUCAAUAUCUACAUCGGAUCGAACUGCUGGAAUGCAGAGAAUGUGAGCAACUCCCUCCACUCGAGAUAUUACCUUGUCUGGAAACUUAGAGGGUGGUGUCUGGAGGAGGGUAAAGAAGCAAAUCUGUCCUUGUUUCCAUGCCUCAUUCAUAUGGUUAUUACAGGAUGCCCCAAGUUGACAACCUUGCCACUCAAGAUAUUACCCCGUCUUGAGGAUCUGAGUAUCAGUGAAACGGAUGGAAUCAAACACAUUGUUAACAACAGAAGAGAAAAUGCAUUGCAAUCAUUCCCUGUAUUGAAGACUCUAGAGUUAAAGUCAAUGAAGUACCUAGAGGGGUGGUGUGUGGAGGAGGGUGGAGAAGCAAAUUUGUCCUUGUUUCCAAGCCUUAUUCAGAUGGAUAUUACAGGAUGCCCCAAGUUGACAACCUUGCCACUCAAGAUAUUACCCCAUCUUGAGGAUCUCAGUAUCAGUCACAUGGAUGGCAUCAAACACAUUGCUAGCAACAGAAGAGGCAAUGCACUGCAAUCAUGCCCUGCAUUGAAGAACUUACGGUUAGAAUCAAUGUGGAACCUAGAGGGGUUGUCUGUGGAGGAGGGUAGAGAAGCAAAUCAGUCCUUGUUUCCAUGCCUCAUUUCGAUGGACAUUAGAAGAUGCCCCAAGUUGACAACAACAAUGCCACCCAUUCCGACUCUCAAAAAGUUAUAUGUGCGGCAAUCAUUCUGUGAGACACAAAUCUCCCUCAUGCCCAGGAAAGGAAGGUUUUUCAAGCAUUUGAAAUCUCUUCGGAGGUUGACUAUACAUUCCUGUACUGAGGAGUUGUUUUUGUUGCUGGAAAAAUGA